AUGGUUGACCUAAAACAACAACUUGAUGUGCUGGAUUACUUUGGGCCUGUUGCAGUAUGGAUUUCAUUCUUUUCCAUAGUAUUCAUUAUUUCGGUAACUUGUAUACUUUGGUGUUGUGUAUCUGAAAGUGAUGAUAAAACUGUGUUUGCAAAGUGGGGUAUGGGGCCAAGGCAUCGACCAAAUACUAUGCUUCAGAAAUUUGAACCAACUUCAGCUCAUAAAGCUUUAUAA